GUAAUCAGCCACUAUUUCAAAGGGAUAUUCGUAUUUUACCGAAGGAUCCUGCUUUAAUGGCAAUUUAGCGCAGAAAAUUGAAGAAAUUUUUAAGAAAAUCACAAGGAUAAGUUUUAAGGACGCCAUGAUUUUACCGCGCUCACAGCAAAGCGAAAACUACUGAGAAUUCUCAAAAAUUCAGGGUGUUUUAUAUACAAAACUUGAGGAAUGUUUGUUGACUUCCUGGAACUAUAUUUGUGUGAUAAAGGUGUUUGAGAAAUUUCUUAUAAGAAUUUUUAUCUGAAGCCCAAAAAUUUACAUUGUUUCCGGUAAAAGGGAAGAAGAAGAAAAAAAACACAAAGAAGAUAUUUCUUAUCGCAAACUAAAAGAAAGAAAAGAAAGAUAAAAAAAAAAACGUUGAAAAAAAUGUUUGAUUCAUUAAUUUUUUUAUUCUGUUAAAAAAAUUGAAAGAAUUUAUUAAGACUGUAAAGAAUUUACUAAGAUCGUAAAGAAUUUUAAUAAAAUCUUAAAGAAUUUUAAUUAAAGAAUAUUAUUUAAAUUCAACUUAAAAUAUUCUUAAUUUUCCUGGAAAAUUUCUUAACACUCUCAAAAACGGUUUGAAGGGUUUGAAUUAUUUUUCGUAGUGUAGCGACAGUGCUGCCUCUGGUGAGAAUUUUCCGCGUUUGUUUUGGUGCGCAGAAGAAAAUCAACAAAGAAAACAAAUUGAAAGUAUUUUUGCAUUUUCUCUCAUUUCCCGUGCAAGUCAAUUAAUUAAAGUGCUGCGAAUUGAAAGGAGGAUAAUUGGAGAUUAUUUCCGUGUGGAAAAAUUGUGAAUUUGUGUGAGAAAACUCCCCUAAAAAGGGGCAAGAGGAGGGAACAAAGAAUUUUCAUUGAAGGUCUUCUUGGGGAGGAAUUGUCAAGGAACUGUUGACCUGGAAAACCUCAAGGAUGUCCUGCAGUGAAGGAAUGCCACUGAAGAUGGCAGAAAUUUCCAUCCGGAAGUUCAAUGAGGACGCCAUUCCGACACAUUUGGGCUUGCUGCGGAAUCACAAGAGUCAGAUUGAGAAGAGUCUGGCCCUGCAUGACUGGGAGCGUGUCAAGAGGGAGGAAAUCAAUGCCACACGUGUGAUAAAACAGCUGAAGAAUCUUCUGCUGGAAAUGGAGAUUCUGCGGGAUAAGAUCAAUGCGGAGGAGGUGCCAAAAUUCGAUGAUUUAACCAAUAAAUCCCGCAGGGAAGCAAUUGAGAGUAUUCAGGAGUUUGUGGAGCUGAAGCUAAAGUCUCCAGAUAAGUCACGUAGCCCUGUGUUCAGUGAUGAUGAUGCUCCGGAUGUGCUGGAGCCCGAUAUCCCGUGCCUGGAAUCGGAAUUUCAACUCACAGAGCAUCAGCUGAAGGCACGUGAGGCCUGCUUGAUGGAAUAUGAGAAUCUGCACAGGGAAGUUGAGGGAAUUCAUGAGCUCUUCCACAAAUUCAGCACAAAUGUGCACGAGCAGGCAGAGAGUGUGGAGCAGGUGUCGGAGAAUGUCACGGAGACGCAGGAGAAUGUUCAGCAGGGCGAACAGAAUCUCCGGACAGCGCUGAAGUACAAAAAAGCAAUGUACCCCGUUUGUGGGGCGCUCCUGGGCACGUGUAUUGGGGGCCCCAUUGGAUUCUUUGCUGGACUGAAGGCUGGUGGCCUGGCGGCUGUUGGAUGUGGCAUUCUGGGCUUCACAGGAGGCGAAAUACUCAAAAGGAAGGAACGUGAGGGCAUUGAGGAGGCCCCCGAGGCAGCAGAGAGCUCCAAAGAUAAAUGACCCACAAUGUGCGACGUUCAGUAAGACGCGCCGCCGCCCCUGCCCGAAUGUGCCGUGCCGACGUUUCAGAGAAAGAGAGCCAACAGUGUCUACUUUGAGGAAAGCUUUUCUCCGUGUUUUAAAGAAAAUUAUUAUUAUAAAAUAUAUUUUAUUUAAUCGUCGCGAUAGCUUUAAAAGUCUACUAAAUAAAUGUUCCAAAUAAAAGAAA